AUGGGUCAUUUGACACGAUUAUCAACAGGUGAUACUGAUGUUGAUGACGAAAAUGAGAGAGAUGAGGAAGAUGAUAGAGAUUAUGCAAUCGACACAGAUGAGAUUCAUUUACCUAAUGAUGAUGAAAAUUGUUGUCAAGCAGAAAAUAUUGAUUUGGUGAUGGUCCAACAAGUUGUGGAAUGUGAAAGCACAAGAUUUGUGAACCUUGAAGUUGGUGAUAGGUCUAAUAAUCCUAAGGUUGAGUUUGAGGUUGAAAACACAUCACUAGUUGCCUCUCCACAUGGUACCCAAUUCAAUAUCUCUAAUGACAACCUACAGGAAACAUUUGUACCCGUUUCAUACCAUAUGCCACCUACACCACAAUUUUUAAAUAUGGACGUGGCAAUUAAUUGUGUUGUAAGUGAUUGGACUCCAUGGAAAAAGCCAACUUUAGGAAAUGUUGAUGGAGAAUUAUCAAUUGGCCAAAUAUUUUCCUCAAAAUCAGAUUUGCAACAUGCUGUGAAGAUGUUUUCCAUAAAGGCGCACCAAGAGUUUACUGUUUAUAGAUCAAAUGCAAGUGUGUUAGUUCUUCAAUGUAAAAAAGCACCAGAGUGCCAAUGGCGACUAAGGGCAAUGACAGUGAAAGAUACGGGUAUGUUUAGAAUCACAAAGUACAAAGGUCCUCAUACAUGUGUCAAUCCAUGUAUUAAUCAAGAUCAUUCACAGUUGGAUUCUAGCUUUAUAUCUAAGUAUAUUGAAACAUUGGUGAAGGCAGAAAUGACCAUUACAGUUGCUGCAAUUCAAGCUGUUGUUGCGGAACAAUUUGGUUACCAAAUUUCUUAUCAAAAAGCAAUGAAGGCAAAAAGGAAAGCAAUGACUCGAUUAUUUGGUGAUUGGUACAAGUCUUAUGCAGAGUUGCCUCGUUUCUUCCUUGCCUUGGAGCAGUCAAAUCCUGGAUGCAUUAUGUAUUCCAAAAUGGUUCCUGGAAACAAUCCGAAUGAAGAAAUAUUUCAUCGUGUUUUUUGGGCAUUCGCUCCAUCUAUUACAGGGUUUGCACACUGUCGACCAGUUCUCAGUAUUGAUGGGACACAUUUGUAUGGAAAAUAUAAAGGGACUUUGUUGAUUGCUAUGGGAUGUGAUGGUAAUAACCAAUUGUUUCCACUUGCAUUUGCCAUUACAGAAGGAGAGAAUACAGAUAGUUGGAGUUGGUUUUUGGCAUGUAUCCAAGUUGGAGUAACACAAAGGAAAGGGUUGUGUCUGAUUUCUGAUCGUCAUCCUGGCAUUAUAGCUGCUGUCAAUGAAACAUAUUCGGGAUAG